UUGUGCCACCACAGAGGGACCCCACAGUGCCACCUCCCCCAUGGGCUCCUGUUGCCACAUCAGGAGGUGACAUCACAGCGUCCUGAGACCAGGGGGAAACUGAAAGCAGCACUCCGGCCACUUCCUGUUCCCCACUGAAGUCUCGCCGUCCCCAGGCUGCUCCUGAAUCAUGGCACCCAUGGCGCUGGCCCUCGUCCUGGGUUGGUGGGUGGCGGCAGCGAGCAGAGCACAGCAUGUGCCCCGACCCUCCCUGUCGCUGCACCCCAGCCACGGGGUGUCCCUGGGGGAUGCUGUCACCCUAAGGUGCCACCUGCCCCGGCCGGCUGCACGAGUUGAGCUCUACAAGGAAGAACGCUGGUUACUCGCAAAGCAGGAGGACGUGGACAUGGCACAGGAUGUGGCUGAGUUCACCUUGGAUGGUGUAAAGAAGGAAGAUGCAGUGAAAUAUUGGUGCCAGUACCGGGUGUCAAAGCCACGUGGAACAUCGGAGCUGAGUGACCCCGUGGAGCUGGUGCUGACAGAUCACACUUAUCCCCUGCCUGGCAUUUCCAUGAGCUCUGGGAGAAACGUGGGGACAGGGACCAAUGUCACCAUCCAGUGCCGGAACAAAUACAAUGGGGUCACCUUCCUGCACAAGGACGGGCUCUCAGCCCCUCUCCAGCACCAGAAACCUGAUGGUGGGGGCACGGCCACCUUCACCCUCUUUGGGGUGACCCCAGCUGACUCGGGUACCUAUAGGUGCUCCUACCACCCUGGGGGUUUGUACCUUCUUUCCUCACCCCUUGGGAAAAACGUGACACUGGAGGUGACCCCCCCGACUGGAUCCCAAGGUGACAACGGAUGGCCCCAUGGGACCCUGGUGGCCGCCGUGGCUGGGAGCUGCGCUGCUGCCUUUGCCUUCAUCCUCGUCCUUGUCGCCUCUUUUCUCCUCGCUGCCCGCAGACGACGGAUUCAAAGCCGUGGUGCCACCCCCAGAAGCUACGAGGCCGUGCAGUUCCAGGUGCCCCCCGCUGACAGCCAGGCUCUGACCUACGCCGAGCUGCAAACUCUGACCCCCAGCACCCCCCCACCCGGCUCUUUUACCACCCCUGAGCCCCCCACCAUCUACGCCGAGGUGGGCACCGGGGGACCCCGCUGACGCCCCCAUCUGUGGACACAAAGACAUGGACGCUGCGUGCGCGCAUCAAGUGCUCACCAUCACCUGUGAUUUGCACCCGUGUGCCUGCACACGUGAACACGUGGCUGUGGAUUAAACAUGUGUGCACCAUCCCGUGUGCACCACGGCGGUGCAAACACACACGUGGGACACGCUGGAUUCCGUGCCUCUGCGUGUGUCUGCGCCACGCCGUGCGUGUGCACCGACACGUUGCUGCUCACGUGUGUCCUUAGCGUGUGCUCCAUGCGUCUGCACUCCAUGUAUGCCUCCACAGCACACGCGUGUCAUCAAAGCGUGCCCUGGGUCUGCACCAUGGCGGUCCCCACGGCACACGCGUGUCCUUAGCGUGCGCUCCCCACACCUCCACGACCCGAACCAGCCCCCAUCCCACCACGGUUUUGGGGCAGGAUUUGUGGGGAG